AUGCGCGCCAUCAACUCUUCAGCGCUGACACUUUUGAGCAUUCUGUCUACCGCCACAGCUUUACCUACUAUUGACCUCAUAACCCGGCAAGCCAAGGCCUGCUUCGUGGUCGGCAACACAGCUCUUCCUGCCGAAGUCUCAGACACUGUAACUGCCAUCCAGAGCGCCGUUACUUGCGACAACUCGGCAACAACCAUCUCCAACGUACCAGAUGUCUCAUCAGGCAGUGCGACAUUCUCCAAGAUCGACUUCUCUAAGUCGUCGCAGACGCCUCUGGAGUUCGCACUACAGCAGUUCGCAACCACAGAUCCUCUUGCAGACGCGGACCUUAAGACCUUCCAGGAUAAUCUAAACGUCUAUCUCGCUACUGAAGCAGGGAUUAGGAGUGUAGGCGGCAGUUUGGCGAUCAAGGUUCCGAAGUUCUUUUUGCAGAUGCAGGUCUCGAGGAUCCAGACUGCACAAGGAAACCCAUCGGCUGCAGCAGGGCAGCAGGUUGAUCAUCUGAGGGAUAAGGUCACGAAAAACGCGGCGGGCGAGAGCCAGGCGUUGUUGGAUCAGGUCACCGCACUUGCUGCACAGCUAUAG